AGCAAAACAUAGAGCAGCAGAAAACUCUCAACAAUCCAGACCAGUAGCUGAUCUACUAGCUAGAAAACGUUAAAUAGAGGUUUAAUGGCAAAAGCACAGGCAUUAGCUGCGCUGCUCAUCGCCAUGUUGGCCCUCGCCACAAUGGAGAGCGCCGACGCAAUCUGCGGCAUGGCGAACGAGGACUUCAAGCUGUGCCAGCCCGCGGCAUCGGUGAGUGACCCGACGGACAGCCCGUCGGCGGAGUGCUGCGCUGCGCUGGGCAAGGCUGACCUUGGGUGCAUCUGCCGCUACAAGGGUGUCGCCGGCAUAUGGAUGAGGAUCUACCACAUCGACCCCAGCCGCGCUAUGGCGCUGCCGGGCAAAUGUGGCCUUACAAUGCCCAGCAACUGCUCGUGAUCCUGCGAAGCAUGAUCGUCGAAUUACAAGCUCGAUCGUCGACCGGCUGGACGGCCAGAAGUUGUGUAUCCGUACGUGUGUUAUGGCUAGCUAAAUAAGUAGAGGGAGCUCGUGAAAGGCUCUCUUCUGUGUGCUCCUUGAUGGCUUCAUCUGUUUUUUUUUUCUUUUUGAGUGUGUGAUUGUGUGUGUGUGUGUGCUGAAAGCUCAAUGUGUGCUCGUUUCAGCUCAUCAUCAGCUCGAUCCGCAUGUGUAA